UGUAUUUGGCGCUUUUAAUUCACGACAAGUCUGGCGCGUUUUUGAAAUAGCAGCAUACGUAAAGAAAACGGUGUUCUGUGUAUUUACUCGGAACAUAUUGCACUUCGUCCGAUGGGGAAAUGAGUGGACCAUUUUGGGGAGCUGCGAGGAGUGGAGCUGCUUUGUUCCAAACCUGCGAAGUUUUCUAACUUGUUAUUUUGCAGACAAAGUUGAUGUCUACCGAACAGCCGUUCGUCUCGAACUAUGAAUCGUUCCUCUGCCGAUUCUUUCACACACGCGUGUAGAGGCGAAUAAGAAACUGCAAGAAAACAGUCUCUGAAUUUGCGGAAAGUUACUGGUUCGGCAUUAUUAUUCUUUCCAGAGUAUGACUGGUGUUGUGGCUAUGGCUUCUGUCACUGCAGACUUUGACCCCCAGCCCUGUAAGAAAUCUUGCCAAGAUGAUGGCAGUCGUGUUGUCAAGACAAUUGCAAACCCUUUGUCCCCUAUAGCCAAGCCAAUGAAGAAGCUAUUUUCCCCACCUCGCUCCAACAACAUCAUGGAGUACUUUAGCAGGAAAACGCCAUCUUCUAAAAAGACUAGCUCACCAGAUCAAUCUAAAGAAAACUAUCAGUGGUCUGAUGCUGCUGAAACAGACAGCCACACAAAUGGGGGGAAACAACCAACUCAGAAGCAGGGUAGGAAAGCCAGCAAAGUUACAAGGAAACUUGUGACAGGUGAAUCUGGCAAUUCUUGCGAGGACAUGGUAGAAGUUUUGCACACUGGGCGUAGUGCUGAGGCUUCUGCCAUUACAGGAAUAUUGGAACGUAAUGUCCAUGAUGAGUGGACUGGAAAAGGGAAAGAUCGUGCCACAUGUGUGAAUAGUGUCAAACUUAAAUCAGUACUGAUGAACACUAAUGAGUUACCAAUGAUUGUAUUUUCAAGAGAUGAAGCAAAACUGGUCAAUACUUCUACAAAAAAUGAUUGGAAGAGGCAGCAACAGGAGGCAAAAAGUUCAGACCCAGAUGGUAAUGAAGUGGACUGUACAUUGGGUGAUGCAAGCAUGGAAGUCAAUCCAGAUGAAAUCUCUAUGUUAAACAGCAGUACCGUCACAGUCUCCUUUGAGGACUUUGUGCGGAGUCAGGACAUUAUUGAAGAGUACACGAAAGAACGACAGGGUAAUAAUGAAACUGUAAUCCCAACAGAGGACUCUGAACAAUUUGACAACCUCAAAAGUGAGGAAAAUGUGGAAUCUGGCAAGUCGUCUAUACAGGUGUCACCCCGAACUGUCACCAUCCAGGCUGAAGUGCACGUAAUGUCAUCGAAACCAGAAGCCAACAAGACAGUAACAAAGAUAGCUUCUAUAUUCAACUACAGAAAAGGGAGAGGGGGCCCUGCAGAGCUAGCCUUGUCUUCUCACCCAGAGGCUGGACACCAACUUCCCUUGUCUUCUUUGACUGUCAAACGGAAAUCCAAUGUGGUUCUCCAAGAGGGGGAUCUAGAGGGGGUGCUUGAAAUCGAAUCCACUUCCAGGUGCAGCGAGUCAGAGAGGAAGCAGUUCAUGGCUGCCUUCAAACGACCCAGCACUGAUGGGUAUAAAAGCAAACCUGUCAAUGGCCAAGGCAAACAGAAAGAAUCUGGAGAGCAAGUUUUGGAAAGAUUUGCUGAUGAUAAUGUGAAUUCACCAUCUGCUGAGCAGGUCUCUCAAGCCUAUCAGGAAAACAAAAUUGUUAAAGUGCAACCAGCAAGAGCAGGCAGAAACAAGCCCAAAGAGGAAAAGAAGGAAGUGACCACCGCACAUGCUGUUGUAGAAGAAGUAGUGGCUAGGAUUUUUGAGGAUGAUGGCAAAAGGGAAGAGCCUCAGAUUAAUUUAACUUCCUCCAUCGCGGGUGCAAGGAGGUCCAUUCGAAAGGUCGUAGUCAGACAAUCACCUGAAACCAUCCCAACUUCAGUCAGAAAGAACAGAAAACUGAAUGAGACAAAUGAUACAGUUGCCACUUCUUUACCUCAGGACAGCACAGUUAAGAUGUCCACCUCAAAAACACUCAAGGCCAAGCAUGGCAUCUUUGUAGCAGAAAUGCUGUGUUCACUGGACACAGAAGAAAGUCCAAUCAGGAUUAAAUUUACUCGAGUCCAGAAAAAUGUUUCCAUUUCCAAGGCAGAAAGUGGCAUGAACUUCUCUAAGGAAUCAUUAAGAGAGCCUAAAAACAAACGGGUUAAGAAGUUAGUGGAAAAGGCCAAAGGGAUUCAGCAGAGUAAGAAAAUUUCUGUGCUUGAAAAACGUGCAUUAAGGCAUACAUCACAAACUGAGGCCUCCAUGAAGAGGAACUGCUGUGAAGAUGAGGAUUCUGUCAUCUGCGUGGAAGAGGACCAGAAUGCCAGUCAUCAAAGGGCACCAGGAAAGGGUAGAACCAAGAGGCCUCUACGCAAUCUGAAUUUUGUUCUGGGCCAAGCUGCACAAUCUGGCAUUGACACUAAGGCUGUCCCAGACUCCAAAGUGGCCCUGCAGGGCGAGUCGGGGUCGGUGGGGGUUUCUAUCGUUGAUGAGAGCAGUCACAAGGGCUCUGAAAAAUCCCACAAUGAGCAAUUUGAGGCUCGCAUUAAGUUUUUGAAGAGUGGGUUGCCCGAGUCCUUUAAAAAACAGAUGGACAAGACCAUUGUUUCUAAGGAAGCGUACUUUCUCUCCUGUUCUGCCUUUCAGCCAGUUACACACACAACGCAACUACCAAAUGAAAACAAUCUUUGGCCGGAGUCUUUGUUAUUGCGUCGUCUCAAAGACCUUUGGAGCCAAACAUUCAACCCACCUCAACCCACUGUCAUUGGUCCUCUUUGUGUGAAGACAAUACCAGCCUGUAGAAGAAUUUCUGAAAAGUUUUCAGGCUGGAAGCUGGAAAUCUCUGACUAUAUUCGUCAGCUGCUAAUAGAGGAGUCCAGAGCCUCUAAUCCUCACUUCACUGCACACCAGUUCAUCACUCGCUUCUUGAAGAGACGUACAGAUGAUCAGCAGCAAUUCACAGCCACAGGUCCAGAGGCUGCAGUCAGACCACCAGACACAAGCACCCUACUGCCAGCUGAACCUGUAGGAGGGAAGAGGAAGAGGAGAGAGGACGAGGGGGAUAAUACAGUGAAGGUGGCAAAAAAACAGCGGGCCAAUCGUUCAAUAGAGAUCGUCUCCAUAGCUCACCUAGAGCCAAAAAGAUGUUCCAAAGAUGAUGUAGUUAGACUGACUGACUUGCCUUUGAGGGAGGACCCUGAAAAAAGAGAUGUGUUUAAAGAAGACAUAAUGUGGACAGACAAAUACCAGCCUCAGCACUCCAGUGAUAUUGUAGACAACGCUGCCUCCGUGAGGAGAUUGCACAGUUGGCUUAAACAAUGGAAACUACGUGCAGAUCAAGAAGAAAGAAAAAGGCAGAAAAACAAGAAAACAGAAGAAUGCAGCAUUGAAUCAGACUGGGAAGAGGACUCCCAGGAUGGAGGUGAUAUGUUGUGUAAUACAGUGCUUAUCAGUGGACCCACUGGAGUAGGAAAAACCGCUGCAGUCUAUGCUUGUGCCCAGGAACUGGGCUUCAAGGUAUUUGAGGUCAAUGCGUCGUCUCAGCGAAAUGGUCGUCUUAUUCUGUCCCAGCUGAAGGAAGCCACUCAGUCACACCAGGUGGAUAGUCAGGGUAUCCGUGUCUCCAAACCCACAUACUUUACCAACUAUGGAAUGAACAGCAGUCCUGGCACUGCCAGGCCACGAUCCUCUCCAGGAAAGCUAAAGUCUCCUCGCGGGAUGGUGUCCUCUCCAAGAAAACAUCCCCAGUUGCCAAAAGGUGUUAACGGAGGAAGUCGCACUCCAACCUCUUUAGCCAACUUCUUUAAAAUGGGCCAUGCUGUCAAAAAGGAGCCGCCUAACAUGUCAAAAAAUGAAAACAUGGUCAUGAAAGCAAAUACAAGUGGCAGUAAGCAUGAAGGCCUUGCAGCCAGAUCAACAGCUACAACUGCCCAACACAGUGAAGAACCAAGCAAAAAGACAGCAACAUCUCUUAUUCUGUUUGAAGAAGUUGAUGUUAUUUUUGACGAUGACUCAGGGUUUCUUACUGCCAUCAAGACAUUCAUGACUACGACCAAGAGGCCAGUCAUUCUCACUACCAAUGAUCCUGCUUUUAGCUCCAUGUUUGAUGGAACCUUUGAAGAGAUCCUUUUCAAAACACCAUCUGUUUUGAAUGUGGGCAGUUACUUGCAGCUAUUGUGUCUGGCUGAGGACCUGAGGACAGAUCCAUCAGAUGUGAGCUCUCUGCUCAGACUCAAUGGCUGUGACAUCAGGCAGAGUUUACUGCAGCUGCAGUUCUGGACUCGAAGUGCAGGGGGCAGCCACACAGCAAGGCCAUUAGUGCAGACUGGCAAAAAUGAGGCAGACAUAGAAGUAGCAGGAGACACACCUGCAACUGUCCUCUCCACUCUGCCUCCUUGUGACACUGGCUGUACUGAGAGCAAGCUGGGUCUGCUGAAUAUUGAACCUGAGAGAGACAUCUGGGAACUGCUAGUGAGCCAGAGUCUAGUGCAGGAGCCAUUUUGCUGGGAAAUGCUGGCAGACUGCAGACAACAAGGAGUUGACAUGCUCUAUUCCAACAUGGAGACCCUCUUACCUGUACCUGUCACGCAGCUGUCUACCUCCUGUACACUGGAACAAUGUGUUUCUGCACCUCAAGGCCAUCUUACUGUAGAUCCAAUUGAGCAGGUUCAGUCCAGCCACCCUCAGUCAGACAUGCUGUCAUCGUAUCCCAGGUUAUUGCACAUAGCAGAGUUAGCUGAAGAGUUACCAUCCAACAGAAUGACAAAGAACAAGAGGCAAUAUUCUAGACAUGAUGAAGAUGGACUACACUCAGACUCAGAAGAUGAGUUUCUAUCCCUUUGCAGUCUGCAGAGUACUCCUCGGGCAAAAGAGGAAUUCAAGGAAAGUUUAAUGUUAGAAAGGGUGAAAAAGAAGCCAAUUACUAAUGAGGAGCGUGUAAAAAUGCUCACAGUCUCACAGUGUCUAGAAUCAAUAGCGGACUUCUUAGACAACAUGUCCUAUAUGGAUUCAUCUUUGCUUUCUCACCCAGGCAUGGAUGAUAUUAAUAGAAGAAUGUUACCUGUUAGAGCUGUCAUUAAAGAUGGAAUGACAGAUGAGACUAGGGGUGAGACUGACAGAGGGAGCUGGUUGAUGCUGACAGGAGACUGUGUCUUGGAGAUCCAAGCAGCUCUGGAGGUUUUGAGCUUCCACAAGUGUAGGGCUUCAGUAGGAGAGUCCUGGGAAAAAGCCCAACAACUAGAAGGGGAGCUAGGAAAAGAGGCUGUAGCAAAACUCUCUCUUCCUGUGGGUGCUCAUCACAAAGAAUACAGCUUUACUCAGGAUGGGCCCUGCCAACCACAGUUGGUACGGAGGAGAGAAAUGAUGGAGAGUCUGAUGUGGAGAGGAGUAUUUGGUACCAUUGGCUACAGACCAGCAGCUGUGGACUAUUUGCCAAUUAUACGCACUAUCUGCAGAUCAGAGCAGCUUAAGGAACAGGGCAAAGUUAAGCGAAGGUUCCUGCACUACCUUGAUGCAGUCCACAUGGGUCUUGACAAAAAUGCUCUGCAGCUCCUUGCUGAAGACUUCGGCUAAUCCACAAAGAAGACAUGGUUUCGUGAGACGCAAGCUUAAAGAAGUACUUUUCACAGACCUUUGUCUCACUUCGACUUGAGCUGGCGUUAGCUGGGGUUCCUUUGUGUAUACACAUAUAAAUAGAAAUAAAUUAAUAUUGAAGAUGUAUGCUUACUUAUGUGACCGUCAGUAUGUUGUCUGACAUCUUGUGAUGUUUGGAACAAUUGUGGUGAAAUUUUACAGCUUAAUAUGUUUUUUUUUUUUAAUAUAAAGAUUGUUCUUUUCAGUUAAGUAGAGAGUUGUGUCCACGUUUUACUAGUGCUAAAUUUUUUUCAAGUAGAAGUUUCUUUUCAGGAGCAUUAUGAAUUUCUAAGAUAUUAACUUGUAAAAACAUUUUGCUCCUGUAGUUAAGGCUGUGUAGAAAUUAUCUUCAUUCAGUGUUUUGCUUCUUGCAGUUCAUGAAACUAGGCAGCCAUCGACAAACAGUCUGGAAUUUGUAAAUCCAAACUGUCACUUUUACUUUAGUUUUUUUUUUUUUUUUUUUUUUUUUUUUUUUUUUUGCUGUAAAUAUGUGUACAUUAACAGUGCAUUUUUUGUGACUAAUAAAGGUUCAUCACAGCUAAAUAUAUGAUACAGAACAGAACACUGUCAAGAGAGCCACCCCUCUGUUUCUCCGUAUGUGUAUAUUCAAAAUAUUAUUCAUUAUUGUUAUAGUAAUUACAUCAUUAUUUAACUAAAAUAAUAAAUAUAUUCACUAUUUCCGGUUCAA